UGGUCCUCCUUGAAUUGAUAUUCAAGGCUGCAACCAACACACCCAACUCAUUUUGUCCUGCUUCCUCUGCUGAAAUCACAGCAACAUGAGAGCCUCAUUCAUCUGUGUGAACAAAAUGGGGUGUCGGCUACUAUGGAUUAUUGUAGCGUUCACUCUCAUAUCGAUGGGAGAAAGCAAGAAAAGUACAGGUGAAUCGUGCCAUCCUGAUGACCUGAUGGGUCUAAUCAGUUUCAAGGCUGGAAUUCGGAUUGAUACUUCAGGUCGGUUGGAGAGGUGGGUUGGCCGCAGUUGCUGCAAAUGGGAGGGCAUUUCCUGUGAUAAUACAACUGGGAGGGUGACACAACUCCUCCUCCCAGGGUUCAUCUCCACAGAUGUUUCUAUCCUCCAAACUCAGAUGAAAGGCUCACUAUCUCCAAAGAUAACACUUCUCACCUCUCUUCAAGUAAUUGAUCUCAGUGAACUCAGUUUCAUUACUGGAAACAUUCCAACUUCAAUUGGUUUUCACCUCCCAAACCUCCGAAAACUCUAUCUCCUUCGCAACAAGCUGAGUGGCCCAAUUCCAGAAAGCAUUGGUAAGUUGUCCAAACUUGAGGAAAUCAUACUAAGUGAGAAUCGCUUCUCUGGGUCUCUCCCUUUGAGCCUUGGGAAUCUGAAGAAUCUCAAUAGACUUCUAUUGGAUUCAAACCAAUUUUCUGGUGCAAUACCUGAUUCUCUUGUAAACUUGACAAUUUUGGUUGUUUUAGAUCUUCAUCACAACUAUUUGAACGGUCAUAUGCCAGCCAAAAUUGGUGAACUGCAGGUCCUGGAACAGCUUGAUCUUUCGGAGAAUCUCUUAAGCGGGAAAAUUCCAGUUUCAUUAACUAAUAUCACUACUGUUCAAGAUAUUGACUUGAGUAACAACUCCCUUGAGGGAGAGAUCCCAUUCCCCUCCUGCUCUGGCCAAAUGCCCUUCCUCCGCUUUCUAGCCCUCCAUCACAACCAUCUGACUGGAAGGAUACCCCCAGCUUUGGGAUAUCUGGUCUCCCUACAGAGAUUAUACCUAGAAAAUAACAAGCUCAAUGGGCCAAUACCUUCCAGUUUGGGUAAUCUCUCAGAUUUGAGGGAGUUGUACCUCAGUGGCAACCGGUUAUCAGGCCUAAUACCAAUAGCAUUCAGUCGACUCUCUCAGCUUAUCAACUUAAACCUUUCAAACAAUUUGAUUCGAGGGUUGCCUCAUGAGAUGUCUUCCCUCCAGAAUCUUCAAACCCUCACUUUGUCAUUCAACCCUUUAAACUUCUCCUCCAUCCCCAAGUGGAUGGCAGAAUUACCAUCAAUUUCCCAGAUUUACAUGGCAGGAUGUGGACUCCAAGGUGAAAUUCCAGAAUUUUUGCAGAGAAAACCAAUACAGGAGCUGGACUUAUCAGCCAACCAUCUUACAGGAAGCAUCCCAUCAUGGCUUGGUGGCCUGAGUCAGCUCUACUUGUUAAAUCUCUCCAAGAAUGCACUAGUUUCAGAGAUUCCUGAUUCAAUCACAAGGUUGCAUGAGUUGGGUGUACUUGAUCUCCACUCUAACAAGCUAACAGGCUCCAUAAUUGAGGUGUUCAAGAUGGGAAGCAUUUUACCUGGUGGAUCACUGAGGUACAUCGAUCUUUCUCAUAACAGUUUCUCAAGUGGAAUUGAGCAGAUCGGUGCAGGAGAACAACAUGGGAUUGAGUUUCUCAAUUUAUCUCAUAACUUUCUCAAAGGUAGAUUGCCAACUUCCAUAGGAAGAUUGGAACUGAUGCGAAGUUUGGAUUUGAGCCACAAUGAAUUGGGUUUCAACUUGCCAGAGUCUCUGGGGAAUGUGAAAUCAUUGGAGAGGCUGAAGCUGGAGAAAAACCGGUUUACAGGGAAGAUACCAGAUGGGUAUUUGAUGUUGAGAAAGCUGAAAGAGUUGGAUUUGUCAGAUAACCUUCUGGUGGGACAAAUUCCUAAUGGUAAGCCCCUGGAUGACUUCCCAAGGAGCUCCUAUUCUGGAAACAGAGCUUUAUGCGGUAGGCCCCUUGCUCCUUGUAAGCCUUGAGCAUUGAAUGUUCUUUUCUCUUGCCCCCUGAGUUAAAUUCGUGAUUUUAAUCAUAUUCAUUUGGAAAAAUAACAAUGAAUGUCUCUCUCAAUAUCUUUUACAACCAAGUUUUCUCCCAUAUCUGGUUGAAGCGAGUUGUUAAUGAAAUAAAUAAGAGACCCAACAAAACAAACAGAUGAAGAAAGAAAAGAGAUCUCCCCCUCUCCACAAGAAAAUGGCCAAGUAUGCUGGCCAAAUAAUGGAAGUCAUGCCUGCACCAUUUUGUUCCCAAAUCCAUCACUUGGAAAAUCAUAAUGGUACUCCAAAUGUUUCAUCUUCAUGAAUUAGAACAUGCCUCCAGACAGAAUGGUGAACAAUAUUCAAUCAUUAACUAGGAGAAGCAAAAGAUUGAGGCUACAGUAUCAACCAUCCUUUCCUGAGAAAAUUGAUGACUGGAAAGCAUGUAACAGUAUACUUUUUUCCAAAACUUGUAUAUUCCAUUAAAUGUGUAUUUUUGGUUGUGCUUGAAUGGGAGCAGACUCACACCUCUCACAUGAGGAGAGACCCAGGAACUAUAAACAAGAGGCAACAAUGGCUGCCAUGGAAAUUAGAAUUUUUAUUCAAUUUAUCAAACUUUAAGCCUUACAUUGUUUGAGAAUAUGUAGAUUCAAAGGGGUUCUUGACCCAACCCCAGUUGGUGGUAAUUUAUGUGCUCAAUUCCAUUUAACCGGAUACAACAUAGAAUCUGCUCUGGCAACUCCUCGACUUUGUUCCCCUGUUUUACAUUGAAAUAAGAUUUCACAAAAAUGGACUUUAAAAAGCUAGAAAGGGGGGAGAGGGAAGAGAUG